GCCUCUAGCGGACAGCACCUGCAGUCGAGUACUACAAAAUAUGACGAUGUUCAUUUUCCAAGUCGUGAUAAAAUAAUUUAAAAAAUAAAAUCAAAGUUGAAAAUUCUAUACUUGUAUAGUUCUUUGGUAAUGUAGAAGUGCCAGACGCCAGUGAGACAUAAUUUCAAUUUUAUAAUUGAUAGAAUGAAGUAUUAACAAUUUCAAUAAACUUGUGGAAUAUAGAAAUAAAUUGUUAUUUGUUUGAAUCUUACAUGAUGAACGUUUACGAUAGUGUUGUAAGAGGUACACAAGCUAGUCGGUUAAUACUCAUUGAAGAUUCAUUUUUAGCCAAAGGACAGUUUCUAUUACAUCUUAUAUCUGCUAAUCGUAAAUCUCACGACAUCCAUGUACUUUGUUAUGAAAAUUUAGUGUCCAAAUAUCAGACUUUAUUUCCCUCCUUGUCUAAUAUCCAAUACCAUGAUUGUAUGAUUAAUAUUUCGUCUUUAAAUUUAAGUAUGUAUGAAACUGUUUCAUGUAUAGUUGAAAAAUCAACAAGAAAAAUAGUCAUUUUGAUUGAUUCGUUAUCUAUGUAUUUACUUUUAACUGGCUUCAGGAAAGUGUAUAAAGAAUUAUUGGAUAUUACAUCGUCAGAUAAAUUUCCUAAAGUUGUUCAAUUUGUGGUAGUGGUACACAAAGAUGUAACAGAAGUUAAUCAAAUUGAACACCUGAAAAACAUAUGUAAGACACAUGUAAAUGUACAAAGUACUAACAAUCCGUUAUUUUUAAAUCUAAUAUUAGAACAUAAAAGAUCAAAUGGUAAAUGUGUAGUUCAGAAAUUAAAAGGCGAAUUAAAAUCUGAUAGUACAUUUAAACUAAUAAAUGACUUACCACCAAUAAAAAUUGAAGAGGAUAAAGGCAUACCAACAAAUUUAGCUAGUUUUAAAUUAGAUUUACAAGACAGUGAGAAGAAAGCCAAGGAUGAAUUAAUUUUACCAUAUACUCUAGUGCAAAUUCCAUCCAAUACUGGUGGAAUGAUUCAUUAUGUUCCAGAUGAAGCAGAUGACUGGGAUGAAGAAGAUCCGGACGAUGACUUAGAAAUAUAGUAUUAUAUCAUGUUAUUUAUAUAUUGUGUUAUGUAAAUAGAGUAUGUACUAUGCA